AUGAGAAGAACUAAAGAUGUCAGUACUCUAGUAAGUAAUCGUAUAUCCACAAGAGAUUUAGACUAACACCCGAAAAGUAAUUACAGCAAGGUUUCAAUAAUUAAUUCAUGUCGAUAAUUAGAUUCUUAGAAAAUUCUACAAGGGAAAUCUCAAUUACAAAAUACCCAUAAGACAGUUAUAUCUUUUUCUAAUUUAAAAUGGAAGAGUUAAUGA